UCGGAGUGUGAGGCACAUGGCCAGUGAAUGAGAGAUCUUUGCUUCCUCUCAGUGUGAGCUCCUUCUCCCACUGUCUCCUUGGAUUAUUGAGGAACAACCUCCUCUGGAUACUCCUCCUCCUCCUCCUCCUCAUCUCCCCUCACUUUUCCUCCCCUUCUCACUGCUGAGGGGACUCCGGCUCUCUCUGACUUUUCCAGGUCUCACCUCUCGUUCUCUCCUUUCACCUCCCCUCUCCCCUGCUUCCCCCCCUCAGGAUGUCGUGUGAGGAGGCUCAGCUCCACAAGGAGAGGCUGCAGGCCUUGGCGGAGAAGCGAAAACGGCAAACUGAGAUCGAGGACAAGAGAGGCCAGCUCGAUGACAUGGUGCUGCAGCUGCAACAUCUCAAGUCCAAAGCCAUGCGAGAGCGAUGGCUCCUCCAGGGAACGGGUCUGGAGGAAGAGAACGUACGGCGAACACAGCUGGAGCAGGAUGAAGAAAAAGCGAAGAGGCUGGAAGGCCUGAUACACAGUCUGGAGUCUGACAUCGGCACACUCGAGAGUGAAGAGUCACAGAUCUCGGCCAAAGAGCAACUUCUACGAGAACGUCUGAAAGAGACAGAGCGCUCGAUAGAAGACCUGCAGAAGAGUCUGAUGGCCCAGGAUGGAGAUGCCACCUGCUGCAUGCCGGCCCCCCUGUCGGACUGCACGGACCCCAGCCCCCCCGGCCUGGCCACGCAGCCCCGGAGCGGCCCACCUGCCCCUGGAGAGCACGCCAUACCAAGACCUGCAAUGUUCGCCAUGGAGAUCAACGUGCAGAACGACCCCCACACCGGCGAGCAGCGCAUCCUGUCGGCCAACCGCGUGAACCCCAUGGACGCGGCGUCACGUGGCGUCAAAGUCUUCGACGACGGCAGGAAAGUGGUCUACGAGGUCACUUCCUCUGGGGGCGUGUCCACCACCAGUGUGGAGAAUGGUUGGAGCUCCUUGCAGGUGGACCAGCUGAUCCAGCGAGCCGCCCGGCCUGCUGCUCGAGGAGGAGAUGGCGAGAGAGGUCAGGUGAGGGUGACCCCGGCCGUCCCACAGGCCUACGUUUCCCCGGCGGAUAUGGAUGAUCUGUCUCCGCCCUCCUGUGCCCCUCCAUCCGUUCCUUCUAGCCCACCAGCCCAGGUCAUCCUCCAAAGGGAGACCCGGCUGGGCAUGAUCCCCCCCUCCGCUCCCGUCACCACCCAGCCGGCCUCCUCGGCCCCCCCGGGCGGCGAGCUCUCCUGCCAGCCUCAGGCCACCGCCGAGCACCCGAUCACCAUGGUGUUCCUCGGCUACCAGGACGUGGAGGACACGAGCGAGAGCAGGCGGCUGCUGGGCUUCGACGGCGCGGUGAAGGCCGAGGUGGUCCUGAUCGACGAGGACGACGAGAAGUCUCUGAGGGAGAAGACGGUCACCGACAUGUCCAUCAUCGACGGCACGGCGGCCGACCUGGUGUCCGGCCGGCCGGCCACGUCCGAGGCCGUCAGCACGGAACUGUCAUCCGACACCCGUGACCCCGACAGCGCCUCCUCGCCACCCGCGAUCGACGCCAACACGGCCCCCCCGCCCGGCCUCACCCCCGCCACAGGCUACAUCAAAACGCCCGAGGUUGCCUUGACAACAACGAACGGCUAUCAAGCUCCGACCAAACAUCCUCACACUGCCAUGAAAUCGUGGCGGGCAGCCGAGGAUGAUAGUGACUCAACGCCGAGAGAGCGAGCCCUGAAGAGCGUCAGUUUCCAGGAAUCGGUCAGCGUUAUCACCGACAGGCCCGCAAGCAUGGAGCUGGAGAGCCAGCAGAUGCAACAUGGCUGCCUCGGCACUCCCAACAACCGAGCCCACGGCGAAGAGGAGACCCCCGACAGCGAGGUGGCUCAGGAGAUCCGUUACCUCGACCAGGUGUUAGACGCAGCCUCUGAAACACCCACUAAUGGAACCUCGUGUCCGUCAGAUCACCACACACCAAUCAGCGUUGACAGAAGCCCCCCGUCUGUCUGUGUGUCAGCAUCCCCUCCUGUCAAUCACCAGCACAUCAUCGUGGAGGGGCACAGACAGACAACGUUCGUCCACCAGGACGACUCCCCCGUCAGAACCAACGGGCACGUGCAGGGGGAGGAGUCGGGGCGCGGCGGAGCGAAGUUUGAGCUGAGGGCGUUUCAGGAGGAGAGGCGGCCCGCCAAGCUCUUCACCCCCGGAGAGGAGCAGCACGUCAGAGUGACGAGGACACGGCCCACAGAGGAGGUUCACGAGUUGGAGCGAGAGCGUCAGGAGCUGAUCAAAGACCAGGCUGUGAAGAAGAACCCAGGCAUCGCCCGGCGCUGGUGGAACCCUCCUCAAGAGGUUCCUUUGGAGGAGCAGCUGGAAACCGACCAGCUCGAGUCGCUCAAGAAAUACCAGGAGAGGAAACAGCAGAGGCAGAAUUAUACCUACACAUACACACAGCCACAGGUGUCAGGCCCUCCGUCAGUGGUGACCUUUGACCCCGAGCUGACCAGGAAGGAGGACAUUCUGGAGAAGCAGAUUGACUUCUCCUCUGCCAGGAGCCAGUUCCUGCUCGGGGAGACGACCAGGAAGGACGUAGCUCCUCAGAUAUAUUCGGCCAAACCUUUCUCGAAAGCCACCACCAGGAGCAGCCAGGGGAGCGCUGACAUCGUCGCUGACACCGGAGAGAGUCACGUGACCUGGUCUGAUGAAGGAAUCGCAGGUGAAUUCACGUGCGAACGAGCCGUCAUGAAAAUCCUGCGUGAGGAAGAGGAAGGGAGGGGUCACUUCCUGCCGACCUACAACCCCGAGGAGUCAGACUCGGGAUUGGACGACUUGUCUGUCCGCUCUCAGGACACCACGGUGUUCAGCUUGGAUAAUGUUUCCGACAGCGGGGCUUCGCUGCCCCCCACCCCGCUGCCACUGACCCCGGUGUCACCUCCCACCCCCCAGCCCACCACACCAGUCAACGGGCAGACCAAUGGCAGUCCAACAGAGGAAGAGCUGGAGUUCCACGCCGGGGUGCUCGUCCAAAACGCCAUCCAAAACGCCCUGGCGGCUCAGAACGACGGGGAGUGGCAGCCAUUGGACUUGGAUUCUUCCCAGUACAGCACUCCGGUGUCUCCAUCCUCAGCUUCAACCAGUAGUCCAGUGCCAGUCUCCUUCUCCCCUGAGUCUUCUGGUGGAGCUCCAAGCCUCCAGUCGCCUGUGUCCUCCAGUCCAGCUCCAUCUAACCCGUCCCCUCUGCCAGAAAGGUAUCCAGAGGUGAGAGUCACUCACGCAGAGAAACCCUCAGACUUCCUGGAGCCUCAGCCGCCACAACUCCAGACGCCUUCACCGCCGCCAUCUCAGACCGUCUCCCCCCCACAGAGAGCCAAAAACGGAGGCCCCAGGAUCAAAAUCCAGUCCUCUUACGCCAGAGCGCUUGCUUCCUCAUCUCCGGCUCAAGCUCCUGCCUCAACCGCUCCCGUCUCCAGGCCGACCCCAGUCUACCGCCCGCCUUCCCCUCCGAGCCCGGAGAAACCGGAGUUCAGCUACUUUAGUAAGUACUCCGAGGCGGCCGAGCUGCGCAGCACGGCUGUGGCGGCGCGAUGCCCCGAGCCGGAGGCGGCGGCCAGCGGCCCGUUCCGCCUGCGCUCCAAGAAGCAGCGAACAUUGUCCAUGAUUGAGGAGGAGAUCCGAGCGGCUCAGCAGAGGGAGGAGGAGCUGAAGAAGCAGAGGGAGACGGUGCCUGUGGUUAAAGUUCGCUCCAGCAACGCGUCCAGCAGCGGCCACGGCCCUGUGAGGACAGGGAUGAAGAAAACCACCAUCACUCCAGGAGAUAAGAUGAAGAGCAACAGUCUGCCAACUAGACUCACUCUGACAGCGAAGACAGCACCGGGAAAGAUCGAGAAGGUUCGACCCGUGCCGCCCGUCUCGCCCUCGCCAUCAGAGGGCGCUCUGUCCGACGCCGGCAGCGAGGACUCCGGGGGGUCACGAACCAAGAACUACAUGCAGACGCUCAUGGAAGACUUUGAAUCCAGCAAGGUGAAGAGGAGGGAGAAGAUAGACGACAACAGUGUUCUGGAGGCCACUCGUGUCACCAGGAGGAAAAGCGACAUGGCGCUGAGGUGGGAAGCCGGCCUCUACACCAAUGAGGAAGGAAAGGAGGAGGAAGAGGAGGAGGAGGAAGAAGAGGAAGAGUAAAUCGGCUCCUUUUGCGAGACGGUGAAGGGACUUGGUCGGAGGAGAUAGAGGAGGAUGAAGGAAGAAAUGCAAACAGGAGGAGAAAGGACAAAGAAAGGAAGGAAACAGUAUUUAUUUUACUUAUAGUAUUCUGAUGAUCACGUGAACCGCCGGCUUGACCGAUGGCGCUCACCGAGGAGAUCGAUUUUUGGACCUGACGACUGAAGAGGAGUUUAAAGACGAAGAAUAUGUGAGAGACAUUUGAAGUGUUGCAGUGAGUGACACUUUGAAAGGGUUUCAUGGUUUAAGGACGUUCUGCAGAGGUUUAUAUGGGACAGAAGGUUUUUUACUGGCUGGUAGACGCUGAAUGACUUAAGUAUUCAUAGGAUUUUUCACUUUCUUGUUGACAUGCGGGCUAAGAUCUAAAGAUUUUAUUACGACAGGUCAUCUGAGACCUGAUGAGAAUGAUGGUUUUGGCAAUGUGAGCUUUAGAAUGUGUGGGAAGAUGAUGCAGUAGAUGAGCGGGUGUAUGCUGAUACUGGUUUUGAUGGUUUUGAUGCUACUGCAGAGAGGAUGUGAUGUUUAACAGGAUUCUAACCCAAGCAUCACUUUCUGAACCUGCAAAGUUUUAACGGUCUGUAUCCUGCGCUGCCACAGCCCAGUAAUAACACACAGACAACAUGUCGCUCUGAGCUUUCCUCUUCAAGCUCCUGCAUUUAAUCUCAAGUGGCGACUUUAAGGCUGCUGCACACUCGAGGACGAUCAGGGCGAUUAUAGACCCAAUUUGCCCUUUCCGACAAUCGCAGGGUCAUUUCCGCCUGGAGGUCACUUGGUGCCGAUUAUCUGCUCAAAUAAUCCUGAAGUGUGAGGGGUUUACAAAAUAAUCCAGUUGAGUCUGAGUCUCCAUGAUCUCGAAUCGAUUCGAGAUCGUUUUAUAUAUUUUAUGAUAAUCAGCUCCUACAGAAACCCCUUAAUAGCAUGAGAGAGAGAGAUAAACAGAGAGAGAGAAAAUGUUGUUUUUUUUCUGAAGUGACGUAUAUUCACACGAGUGUUUCACACUCAAGUUCAGGAGGUGGUGGCCAAAAAGUUUGCAACCGCCAUAAAAUAAGUGAAGAAGAAGAUAUUGGGAGUUUCUGUGAGAGUUCAAGACUGGAAAUCGCCUCUGGACAAAUCAUCAGGUGUAUGCGUUCUAAGAUUCUAAGAUUAUGAUCAUGACUGUGGUCUCCCACGUUUUUUAAAUCAGUCAAGAGUUGAGAAUCCUCUCGUGUGCAGCAGCCCUUGAGCAUCAGCGUCAGGGAGGAACCUGCGAAACGAGCAUCGAGGUGCAGCGUUGCCUUUGACCUGUCAGCUCAAGGUUGAACGCUUCACACUCGUGAUGUAUUUGAUCCUCUCCUAUUCUGCAUUACUACGUUUUCGGUAGACGUUAGAGAGAAUACACAGCCCCAUCUAAACAAAUCACUAUUCUUCAGUGUGCAGGAGGAGACAGGCCGGGGGGGGAGGGAAGCUAGCUGCAGGUUAUGUUUGUGUCAGUAUGUGUUAAAUAAAGAAAGGGCUGGGUCCAGGGUUUUAUAUUCUUUAAAAAAAAAAAAAUCACUUAUUUUACCUUCACCGCUUCAUCGAACCUGUUUUUUCUGAUGUAAGCAGUUUGUUUUCAUGUAUUAUACCGAGGUAGGACUGUGUAUUUGAUAAAUGAUCUAACUGAGGAUAAAGUUUGAUGAAAAAAAAAUAUAUUGAGGAAAAAAAGCUUUUUAUAUCAAAGUUGUGAUACCAAAAGCGAAUGUUGAUAUUCAGAGAGAAACGAAGUGUGGGCCUGAGCUCUUGAGUCUAUUUAAGAAAAUAAAAGUACAGCUUGUGUUCAUGGCGUUACACUCGUUUCCUGACCUGACACGACAAGUCGCAGACAGACGAUCAGUAGCAACGGGCUCAGCAGAUCUUCAUUUUACUCACUGCAAGUCAGGGUUGUUGAUUUUUUCCAAAGCGAAUAUAUUGAUUUUGCAGGAUGACGUGAUUUUCUUGUUUUGUUAAAAUGGACGAAGAAGAGACUGAUGAUACUGUGGAAUGUCCCGUUGCAGAAAACUAUGUUUCUGUUUGAAAUGAAAUCACAAAACACGCAAACACAAUCGGUAAAUGAGUGAGGAUUGAAAGUAGAAAUGUCGAUGCGGUGUUGCGAACCACUUUUCACUCUUCAUUUUGAAGCCAUCCAGAUUUUUUUUUAUCCAGGAUUAUGAUAUUUUCUUUUCUGUAAAUCAAAGGUUAAAGUUUUGAUCAAGUGUCCUUCAGCAAAGUCCCAGACUUCUCUGUCUGCUCCCCCUGAACAAAACCCUCCAAUAAAUGUCUGAAAUUCAAAAGAACACUGAGGUAAUAUUGCACAAAAUGUUAAGAAGAAUAAUAGAUAAUAAUAAUCUGUAUUGUUUUGUAUUUAAAGGAAAAUUCCCAGUUGGCAAACUAUGCCAAACGUGUGUGCCAGCUGCUUCACCAACCAGAAGUGAAAACUAAUGACUUCUGCCUCUUUAGUGCAAACAUUUACCCCUGAAACAAAAAGAAAAAAAAAUUCCCAUUGGUUCCAGAGAAUCGUCCUUGUUCUUGUUUUUAUAAACUUUUAAUAAUAUAUAAAAGGGGAAAUAAGUAUUUAAUGAUAAACGACAAGGGUGUUUCUUUUAUGAGAAUGUAAAGGAAAGUGUACAACAAGGAAGUGCUAUGUUGCUGAUCCUGCUUUGAGAUCUAUUCUUAGCACAAGACUUAUGUGGGAUUUUCCAGACAUGACUCAAGCUUGCAGACAUCUUCCUUUUUUUUUAAAUGCAUAUGUUAGUCAUUGUGGUUCUUAAUGUUUUCCAAAGAGAAAUAGUGGAAAUGUGAGCUUAUAUUUCCAGGAUGACAAACGGAUCAAUUCCUUUGUGAUAAAUGAUUGUUUUACUGUGGCCUAUUCAAAAACUGUAUUCACAGCACAAUUUGUUUUUUAUUAUUAUUAACAGACACGAAAUAAUUUCUGCUUCAAAAAACCUGCCGCGAUUCUCAGUAAACACUUUUGAAAAGGUAACAGACAUCACAAACACCCAGAGGAUUCAUAACUGUGUGAUUUACUCUUAUUAUUAUUAUUAUGCUUUUGUCGUUUGAAUUGACGGUGCAGAGGAGAUUUAUUUAUCAUUUCAAGACGCUGGUAGCUUGUUGUCGCACCGAGCUUCAGUGUAUGACAAAGCAAUCGAUCACGUAUUCGUGUAUAACCUCUGUCCCUAUGUUAACCACUUGUAUGCUCAUACUCUGCUUUGUUAUUUUAUAGCACGUGUAAGGCUCACAGUUAUACACCUACUAUACAUAUUAUGAAUAUUUUCUCAUUAAAAACAAAACAUGUA